GACGCAAAUCGUCUUAUGGUAGAUUAUAAGCUGUUGUCAGCCAUCUGUGACGGAGCUGAUAUAAGCCUUCUCUUAACGGCUCUCUUCUCCAUUCCGAGUUUAUACUGCCAGUAUACCGGUUCUCACGAACGACGGAUGAUUCGCGCAGAAAUGAUUGUACCAAUAAUCGUUGUUUUAUUAUAUCUUCUGAGACACAGCGUUGCAAACGCGCGCGUAUUUUAUCUCGACGAACCAGCCGCCAAAGAAGAUAUUAUUGGGUACGAAAAUUUGAACGAUUUUGAACAAUCCUCGCGUGAUUUGGACCUCAGUUUUUCAACCGGAGACACGUCGAGUAACUAUAACAACUAUCACAGAGACGUUGGUUUGCCGAUUUUCAAACGGAUCAAUCCGGUCCGUCCAUACGGAAUCCUGGAACAAAAGUACGCGGAAAUUAAGCAAGAGAUGGAUCGCCCCCACGUUUAUUACAAGCUGAUCGAAGUACCCGAGCAACGACCCAGAUUCAAAGAAGUCGUCGUUGAUCCGAGAGAAAACGCGAAAUGGGCUCAGGUGUUCAGGGAGGAUCGUAAAGGCGAAGUAAUACUGGAGUUGAGAAUAAUAACUAACAACGAUGCUGUGUAACUUCUCGGUCAGAAAAAAUAAUUGCAUUAUAUACACAUAUUUCACUUAGAAAAGUCCGACUUGCCGUUGAUCCCGAAAGGAUAUUAGUUAUUACUUUACAUUUUAAAUAA